AAGAAAAGUUUUAAAGACAAUCACUUGUUUGCCUAAUACAAUUGAAGUUAUUUUCGAAAAUGCUUGUUUAUUUGGGAAUAUGCUAGAACUGUGAUUUGAGAUGUUGUAUAAAAUAAAUAAAGUUCUAAGCUUCUUUUUUUGACUUAUGAUGACCAAGUUAUCCUUGAGCCUGGCAUUCACUGAGUGUCAGAAGACAUCCAUAUUUAUGUCCGGUUUCUAAAUGUGGGAUGUUGUUGUUUUCUCGAAUUUCAUUAACAUUUUCCAUUUAAUUUGAUGAAAAGAUAUGUUUUCUUAUGGAUUACAUUGUAAAUGUGCAAGUCUUCUUGGCACAUCAAAAGUGCGGAAGAAGAUGCAACUCUGGAUUAAGUGAAAAUUGAAUUUCUUCUGAAAUUGUUUAUUGUACAAGUCUACGAUAAAUCACAAAUUUAAAACAUUUGCUUGUGUUAUUUCUUAAGAAAGAAACACAUCUUUAGACAUAUUUUUUAGACAUUCAGUAUGCCUUUUCAAGGAUUACCUUGGACUGAAUUCAUAUCUUGUCCAGUUUGUUUUAUACUAUUCAAUGAACUGCAGCAACGGCCUAUUUCAUUAGGGUGUGGGCACACAGUCUGUAAGUCCUGUAUUAGAAGUCGUCUAAAUGAUAACCGCUGCCCUUUUGACCAGAUCCUUUUGCCGAAUGAUGUAGAUAAAUUGCCUGCAAAUUUUGCCCUUAUGCACCUUGUGGGUGCUGCGGUACCAGAACAGGAGAAGGAAGCUGUUAAAACAGUUUCUGAUAAUCCUAAGUCAUAUGAGCAGGCCAGGAAAUGUAUUGAAGAAAUGGCUGUUCAUCUGAAGCCUCUUGCUGAAAAUACUUCAGAUGAUGACAGUUCUACUUGUAGUGAACCACUGCCCAUUAAAGGAAGUCACAGCACUGGCAGUGGGGGCAAUAAUACUCCUUCUAAUAACUCAAAAUGUGUCUUGAGUCGCCCUAUGCAGCGCAAGCUAAUCAGUUUGAUACAUUGUCAACUUCUCGAAGAAGAGGGUAGGUCACGUGCUGCCCGCAUUGCACGUUCACUCGGGGAGAGGAUUGUAUCAGAGCUGCUUAUUCUACAUCAGUACCCUCAUCAGUUAUCUGCCAACUUAUGGGCUGCAGUAAGGACAAGGGGAUGUCAAUUUUUGGGUCCAGCUAUGCAGGAGGAGGUGCUAAAGUUGAUUUUACUUGCAUUGGAGGAUGGUUCAUUUCUUUCUCGGAAAGUCUUGGUACUGUUUGUUGUUCAAAGAUUGGAGGCAAGAUACCCUCAAGCUUCUAAAACAGCUAUUGGGCAUGUUGUUCAGCUAUUGUACAGGGCUUCUUGUUUCAAGGUAUUAAAACGUGAGGAAGAGUCAUCAUUAAUGCAGCUGAAAGAAGAGUUCCGACAGUAUGAAUCAUUACGCAGAGAACAUGAUUCACAGAUUGUUCAAAUAGCCAUUGAAGCUGGGCUAAGAAUUUCACCUGAACAGUGGUCUUCAUUGUUAUAUGGAGAUCCAGCCCAUAAAUCUCAUAUGCAAUCUAUUAUUGAUAAGCACCAGAGUCCACAGUCAUUUGCUCAGAGCAUAGCUGAGUUGAUGUUGACUCUACAGAGAAGCAGCGACCAUACUGGUCUACAAAAACUACAGCCACAGUUGGAGUUUCUCUCUAAUAUAGACCCCAAUCCAGAUUGUCCUGCUCCUUCUUGGGAAAAUCUGGAAGCGAUCAUGAGAUCCCUGAACACAGUCAUGUCAACUUUUGUUGAGUUUCUGUCAAAUCCGGAUCAUAGGUCUCGUUUAGAAGCAGCACCUAUUCAAAACACUCGCUACAAGACCUCCAUGUGUAGAGAUUUUUCAGCAAGAGGAACCUGUCCUCGGGGGAACACUUGCACUUUCGCACACUCUCAGGAGGAGUUGGAGCGUUACAGAUCAAGAUCUCGAAGGAAUGGCAGCAGAGGAGUUGUGGGUAUUUCAGAGAAAACAUCAUCAUCUUUGACCCCUUCAGAAAGUGACCAGUUAAGACAAGUACAACUAAUAUCCAAAUUGAAAAUGGAAGCAGUUGCCAAGAGCACUUGUCUCAAGCCACUGGUGAAGUCUCAUUCUGUUGUAGAGCUGCUAGAUCCUAAACUUUCUCCCAGCUCUACAGUCAUACCAUUGGGACAGCCCCCUAUGGGAGUUAUGUUACCUCAUCAGAAACCUGGCAUGCCUUUAAUUGGUCCUAUGGAUCCAAGGCUUGCCACCAAGCAGCUGGACCCUGAGAAACCACCAUUUAUACCACCUGUCCCUACUCACAUCACUGAUACACAUUUAACCUUCAGUCGUUCUGUUGUAGAUUCCUCUGAUGGAACCACACUCUCAGCAAUAGGUCCUCCAGGUUGUCUUUAUCCUCACACUGCAAAUGGAUAUCCUCAACUUCAGGGCCCCCCACCAUCCAGCCCAUAUGGUGGUAACCUACCUGUGCCUCAGUUUCCCACACACUCCCUGCCCUCUAACCCCGCUUUAAGAUCUGCAAUACCAUCCCUCCCCCCUCCCAUGACCCCUGGGCAUAUCCCCAGGAACACAACUAUAACAAGAUCUUCAAAUGUUCACAUCUCCACUGAGGCUGGUUUACCAUCUAUGACCAUGGAUCCUACCAGCAUGUGUACAGGAAGUGUACCAUGUGCUAUGGCAGAUGGUAGUGAUGCUGUACUGCGCACUUUGCCACCAGGCUACCAUACUUUGCCAUACAGUUCACAGCUAUCACAGGGAGACAGCCUUGAAGAUCUCACCAAUCGCAAACAAGAGAUCAUCUCCCACCUGCAAGAAGAACCAAUGUUCAUGGAUGCCACCAUCUACAAUGGAAGUUCUGCAAAAGGAGGCUAUCCUGGACUUACAUCAGUUCUUGCCUCCAACGCCAAGAGCAGGAGUGUUGAGUCCAUGCCUAAACAUGUUUCUGACAUGUAUGUUGUCACACGAUCAACACAGUUUCUAGACGACUUGCUGAAUGAAGAUAAUACCCCUUAUUCAACGAGAUGGUCUAACGGAGAUGAUAGUGCAGGUGCACCUGAUGACCUGUCUUAUGAUCCCUCAGCCAGAGGAUCUUUACCUGAUAGUUCAACUACCAACAGCAUUUCUUUCUCUACUGCUGUCCCUACCAGUACAGCCUGUUUGAAUGAAACACAGGCUGGUACAAACAAACUGUACAACUCAUUUAAUUCAGUGCCCAACUCGGAGCCCAAUCUCCCUGUACCUGGUGCUGGGGGUGAUGCUGAGUUUUGCAGUUUUCCUGGUGAUGAUGGUGAUGAAAGUUUCAUUCCUUUUGAGCACACGUGUGUGUCCAAAUUUGGGCCAAUAUCUCGCAUGAACAGGAUGAAAAUGCUCAACUCAGCCCCAGUUCAAGUCACUGCAGAUAUGACCCCAGUAGUGGCUGUAACGCCAAUGGACAGACCAGUGACCUCCUCCAUGACAGCCCCAAGCAGGUUUUCAACACCUUCCCAGAUGGAAGGUAUGGAUUUCUCUGUCAGGCCUACACCAUCAGAGAUCCCGUCUAUCUGGAACAAAAGUCCUCAGCCAACAUAUUCCAACAUAGCUCGUCUGAAAGCUGGAGCUGCAGGAGCUGUUUCUCAUAAUGAGAGACUCGCUUAUGAACUUCAGGCUAUUGAGCUGGAGAUAUCCUUGAAAACUGGUAGAGAGCCUGAACCUGUGAGGAAAAUUAUACAAGAGGCAGUGAUGGCUUCAUCAAAUCAUGGCAUAGGACAGAGGGGUUACGCUGCAAUUGAUUUUAACAGGAGCAUCAGUGUCCCUGCUGUCAUGUCAAAACCAGAUCGCUCAAAACCGAGCAUGAAUGCCCAGAGGACUGCCCAGAGAUUUUAGGAAGAUUACAAUAGAUCUUGUCAUGGUGUGAAGAAAUAAUUGGUGCUGACAAUAAAGUGUAUCACUUUGCAAAAGCUGAAAAUCUCUUGAAGAUUCCUUUUUAAUGAGGGAGGAGAGACAUUGGCCGUUACAUAUGAUUGGUUGAACUGAAGAGAAAUGUAAACAACAUUGUGGUUGCUCUAAUCACCAGGAGGAAAGUCAACAACCACAUGUAGUUUUAUAGACACCACAUUUAGAGAUGAGAGUUGCUUUGUUUUUUAUUUAAAAUAUUACUUUGCUUUAUGUUUUUAUAGAGCACAAUAGUUAACAUGAACGCAAGAAGAAAAGCAAGGCUGGGUUAACUAUGAAAAAAAAUGUUGCUAGGAGGUUUCUGUAAGGUUCUUCAUAUUGAAGAGAUUUAUAUUACACUGUAUAGCAAUAUGUUCUCAGGAUUUGCCAGCUUUUUUAGUUACCAAAUUGUUACUGAAUUGUGAUUGUCCUUGCUUUAAAAUGCUAAAUAGCUUGCAGCAAUAUUCUUUGCUUUUCUUUCUAAUUUCAUGUUAUUUUGAAAUGUAACAUUUCCUGGAAAUUUGAGAUUGUUUGGGAUGGGAAAUUUCCACAAAGUUAUCAGUUUCAUUUUUUUUAAAACUGAAAUUUUUUAAAAGAGGCAUUUUUGGCUGAUGUUCUGAUUGUUUUAUUGAACCUGUGUUGUUCCAGCCUGUUUUACGUUCUAUUUUAGUGGUAAUAUUCAUUGUAACCUCUGCUAAAUGUUAGUGAUUUCUGUAAAUAUUUUAUUCCUUGUUUCUUCAUAAACAUUUUGAUUACAACCUUUGACCCAUGAACCAAGAGUUCAUGUUUUAUUUUCUACUUUGUGAUUCCAUUGUAGAAUCUGUUUUGCCUGUAACAUUCAUUUUAUAAUGCUGACUUGUAAGUUUCUUGCGAGUUUGUAUGAAAAGGUACAAUUUUCUGCAUCAAUGUUAUACUGUGAUCUUGUGUAACUAGUGAUUUAUUUCUGUAACCUGUAACUCACAAAGCUCUUCAUUUAAAAAGUAGUUCAUAUUUAUUUUACCAGUCUUGUUACUUAUUCCUUGCUGCUAUUUUAAUUCUUGUAGUUGUAAUUAUGUCACUUGCUGAAAAUAAUAGUUAUCAUACUGCAAAUGUUUGAGUAUCAAAUUACUGUUAAUUUGCCUACUGGCUGAUUAUUAUAUUUUUCAAUCCUGUUCAUUAAUUUGCUGUUGUCUAGGUUUUGUCAAGGUAACAAAUCAUCACCAAUAGUUUUAUAAGUUAACAAUGGUGAGGUUGUUUCGCCAUUUAUUUUUUGUUUUUUUCAAUUGAUUGCACAAGUGGUAGAUCUGCAGGUUCUGUUCGACUAAUAUUAGCUUUAAUAAAGCUGUGUUCAGUUUGUCAACGGAUAAUUUUUAUUUCAAGUUUCCCUGAGAUGGCUUCUGUCCUGGAGAAACUGCUCAGAAAUCAUAGCCCUUUUAAUUGUUUAUUUUAAUUAAGAACCACUAACUUGUUAUACAAAAUUAUUUUUCGUGUGUAAGUUGUGAUUUUAGUUUUUGCAAAACAAUAUUUUCAUUGUUUGUAUUACAAUUUUUCAACUCUAAACAGUGUAUUAACAUGUAUUUAGUCUUAUUAACAUUUAAUUCUGUUAAUUUUUUUGCUCAUUUUAAGCAUUUUUAUUUUAACAUAGAACUUUGCUAGAACAGUUAUGCUACACCAUGUUUGUGGAGAUUUUAAGGUAGUUUAGUAUUUGCUUGCAGUAAAGCUGCAGUUACUCAUAAUCAAGCCUUUGUAUCCUAUGCUUCUUAACCCCCAGUACUAUCAUAUCUAUACGCUUAGCUUGUUGUAUACUUCAAUUUAAAUUGUUGUGCACUAUUUUAAAAGGCAUUUUUCAUCAUGGGCUAGCUGACUCUCAUUUACUUUUUACUUAGCUCUUUAAUUAGAAAAAACAUUAAUUUAACCAAUUUAUUUUUGGAUACUGUACGUGCUGUUUUAAGCAUCACUUUUUUUGUCUAAUUAAAUCACCUUUCAGUAUACGCACGCCCAGAUUUUUGUCUAAUUAAAUAACCAUUUAGUAGAGGCAUGCCUGGAUUUUGUGUAAUUAAAUAACCAUUUAAUAGAGGCAUACCUGGACUUUGUCUAAUUAAAUAACCAUUUAGUAGAGGCAUGCCUGGACUUUGUCUAAUUAAAUAACCAUUCAGUGAAGACGUGUUCAGAUUUGUCUAGUUAAAUUAUCAGCAGUCAGUUUAAGCAUGGCCAGGUAUCCGAGUUUUAUAACAGGUCAAUUUUCUGACUUCCCCCUCCAGAUGUGCUAAACUAAGCUACCAUUGCUGACAUGUCCUCACCUGCUGUCAAUCUAGUGACGUUGCUUGUGUGUAUACCUGCAGGAUCUUUCAUUUUUUUUUUUGUUGAAUUUGAUGAAUUGUUUAUACAAGAGGCAGUAUCUGCCAGUUAAGAAUUUUGUAACAAAAUGUAGGUUUUAUGUCUUAAACAAAUGAUAAUCAUUUCACAGACCCAUGCACAACUUCAACUCUUUAAACAUUUUAAAAAAAUUUCUAAUUCAGCAAUUCUGUUCAUUUUAUUUUAGUUCUGUAAAUCUCUGAAUGAAAGCUGUAUUGAAUUUGUGCAUGGGUCUUACCUAUACUCAUUGAGUGAGUGCUUGAUUCUAUGAAUCUUUUGUUGGUUUUUUAAUAUCCAAACUGGAUGUGACUUAUUAUAUUACUGUAGAUCCUGGACAUAUUAAAUUGAUCUUGGAGUUGUUCAAUAGAUAUUUAGCCUGCAGUAUUUUCUUGUUACCCCCUUCAGUAAUUUGUGAUCAUUCGUUUCUUCACACACGGGACAUUUUUGGAAGAGUUCAGCUGUAAAGCCUGGUGUGUUGAUCUUUAACAUCAAACAAAUCAUGUAACCUUUUGCUUUUAUAACUUGGUGUUUUGGUGUCAUGUAGCGAAUUGUGCAGUGUACAUUUUACAUUUGUGAAAUAAACUUUUGCCAACUGUU